GAUAUCCAUCGAUAUAAGUAGUGUAUCAAGGCGAUAACAGAGUGUGUCACUGAGAAAUAUCAGUGCAAAGGGUUUUGUCCCUUGUAGAUAAACCCCGAUGCAACUCUCCCUUCCAAGAACCCUAGCUCCAGCUUCAGCUUCCAAAUCUUAAGUCCAAGCGCACCAGUAGGUCAAGAUGAAACCCGAACUCGUGGUGUCUUCUCCAUCCACUUCUUCACCAUUGUUUAUCUCAUACAGACACCCUUUUCUUCAAAAACCCAAAGUUUCAGUGAAAUCCAAUUUCUCUCCAUCAAGCACACAAGCAGAGAAGUCACAAUUUUGGGGCAAAAGUUUGGUUUUGCAACAGAAUAGUGUUACUUUUGGUAAUCUGAGAAAGACCCAUGUCCCAGUUGGACCAGUAAGAGCUGCUGUGAAGAGAAGGAAAGAGCUUCCCUUUGACAAUGUGAUACAAAGGGACAAGAAGCUGAAAUUGGUGUUGAAGAUAAGGAAGAUUCUAGUGAGCCAACCUGAUAGAAUUAUGUCUCUUAGAGAGUUAGGUAAGCACAGAAGAGAUUUGGGUCUCGAUAGGAAGCGCCGAUUCAUCGCUUUGCUAAAGAAAUUUCCGGCGGUGUUUGAAAUUGUGGAAGAAGGGGUUUUUUCGCUAAAAUUCAAAUUGACGCCGGAGGCGGAAAGACUUUAUCUGGAGGAGAUGAGGAUUAGGAAUGAGAUGGAAGAUUUGUUGGUUGUUAAGUUGAGGAAACUGUUGAUGAUGUCAUUGGAGAAACGGAUUUUCUUGGAGAAGAUUGCCCAUUUGGGGACUGAUUUUGGGCUUCCACUUGAGUUUCGUGACACGAUUUGUCAUCGCUAUCCGCAAUAUUUUACAGUUGUUCCAACUGCUCGAGGUCCUACAUUAGAAUUAACUCAUUGGGAUCCUGAGCUUGCAGUUUCGGCUGCUGAGUUAGCGGAGGAGGAAAAUAGAGCUAGAGAGCUAGAAGAGAGGGAUUUGAUUAUUGAUAGGCCUCCCAAGUUCAAUAGAGUAUCUCUACCCAAGGGUCUUAACCUUUCCAAGGGCGAAAUGAGGAAGAUAUAUCAGUUCAGAGACCUGCCUUUCAUAUCGCCUUACUCUGAUUUCUCAGCCCUCAGGUCGGGCACGCUUGAGAAAGAGAAACAUGCUUGUGGGGUUGUUCAUGAGAUUUUGAGCCUCACUAUUGAGAAGAAAACCCUUGUGGAUCACCUCACUCAUUUUCGAGAGGAGUUUCGGUUUUCUCAGCAGUUGAGAGGGAUGCUGAUAAGGCACCCUGACAUGUUCUAUGUAUCCUUGAAAGGGGAUAGGGAUUCAGUUUUCCUCAGGGAAGCAUAUCGUGAUUCUCAAUUGGUGGAUAAGGAUCGGCUGUUACUCAUAAAGGAGAAAUUUCGUUCUCUUGUUUCUGUUCCUCGAUAUCCAAGCAGGGGUGCUCCCAGAACAGAUACAGAUGGGGCAGAAGGAAUUAAUGAGCCAAAAGAUGGAAGUGAUGGAGAAGCGUGGUCAGAUGUUGAUAAUUUCAUGGACGAUGAUGACGGUGAUGAUGAAGAUUAUGAAGACGAUUGGAGUGAUGAAGAAGAUGAAACACCUCCAGAUUUUGAUGAUGAUGGUGGAACCAUGACGACUGGAGAGACCGAUCCAAUUAAACAGGUUGAGAACUCGACAAAAAGUGAUGAGAAGGUGCUUGAUUCUGUGCUCCCUGAUGGUCGGCCAAGAGAACGCUGGUAAAUUUGAUAGAAGCCUGCUGUUUCUCUAAGGCCCCAACCUAGAGAGAUUCGCAGUAACGGGCUUUUUGCUUUGCUUUUGGACCAGUAAAUUUGAUACAAGCAGUGUUUGAUCCUUCUUCAUAGAAAUAUGCAACCUGCUACUUUGCAAGGCUCUGCAGCCUGUUACCAUUGUAAGGCCUGGACCUCUUCCCUACAUUUCCAGUUCAGGACAUUAUUCAAUAGAAGCAAAGGCAUAAACUGCAAAUCUCAUAUU